GAAAGGCUAUUUUGUGUGCAAAUUGUAAACAUUGUAAAGAUAUUAGAUAAGUGCUAAUGAGGUUAUUCACUGUGCUUGAAGAUGUUACAGGAUAGGUACUGAUAAAAUAGUGAUAAUCAAGUGAAAGAAAAUUGGAUGUGACAUAUUAUUGAGUAUUAUAUGCUGAAAUUUUAUAUAUUCUUUUGUACUGACCUAAAAAGUGGUGGUUUUUUACGAGGAAAUUUAGAACUAUAACAUGAUGUUAUCUGAAACGAUGUACGCUGGAAUCGAUGAUUAUGGAGGGUAUUAUGAGGAGGAGGAUCCUUACACAUCACCUUAUGGUGAGGUGCCGAUAUGUGGUGCCCGGGCAAAUGUGAUGACGUACGACGACCAGAACAGGAAGUGGAUCCCAAGCGGGUCGUCUCCGGGCCUCUCCAAGGUCCAGAUCUACCAACACACUGUGAACAACACAUUCAGGGUUGUUGGGCGGAAACUUGCAGACCAUGAGGUGGUGAUAAACUGUGCAAUCCUGAAGAACCUCAAGUAUAACCAGGCCACACCCACCUUUCAUCAGUGGCGGGACAGCAGACACGUGUACGGGCUUAACUUCGCCAACAAAGAGGAUUCUGAGUCCUUCUCCAACGCCAUGAUGACCGCACUCGAGCUACUCAACAGUCAAGGACGCCCCACUGUAGGACCUCCACAACCCCCUACUGUUGGGCCCCCAGCAGGGUACCAGCAACCACCCCAGAUGGCGCCCCAGAUGGCACCCCAGAUGGCACCCCAGAUGGCACCGCAAAUGGCACAGCCACAGUUCAUACAACAACCGAACGGACCACAACCGCCAAAUGAGCCUGCAGAAAUGAGAAAACACAUCAGGCAUCCAUCAGGAGGAGCCCCUGCGCCUAUGGAGGCCCCGAAACCUUCAGCUGCCCCACCAGCACCUCCGCAAGCCCCCCAAGCCCCUCAGCCCCCACCCAUGGCUCCUGCUGCGGCCCCCACUCCACCUCCUGCACCUCCAGCCGCCCCACCUGCCGCUCCCCCAGCCCCGCCAGCCGGUGGUCCACCACCGGCCCCUCCAGCCCCACCAGCACCCCCCACGGGAGGCCCCCCUGCACCCCCUGCUCCACCCGGCGGUGGACCUCCACCCGCCCCUCCACCGCCUGCGGCCCCCACAGCUCCACCCUCAGGUGCUGGUGGUUUGGCUGCAGCCCUGGCCGGUGCUAAGCUGAAAAAAGUGUCUGCAGAGCCAGCAGCUGAUUCGGGUACAAGCAGUCGACCCCCUCCCUCUGGGGGAGGGGGUGGGGGUGGUGGUCUGAUGGCUGAGCUCAGCAAGAGGCUUAGAAAAACACAGAAUACGGACACUGUUGGUGGUGCUGGGUCCUCUGUAAGGACUGUCAGCCCGUCCCCACCCCAGGACAGAAACCCCGCCCCUGCCCGCCUGGAGAAAACCACAACCAAUGGGAACAAACCAAACGGAAUGCCAUCUCCUGUUUUCAAUAGAAGAAAUAGUGAGAAAUUUGGCGGUGUUAAGAAAUUUGGUACACUCCCAGCACGAAUGAAUGGUUCUCCAGCUAUACACAGGAGGGCGGAUUCAAUAAAGAGUAACCAGCUAGAAGGGACCAGUAACUCGACUAGCGAAGGCAGUACAAUCUCGAGUUCCGAGCUGGAAUCUCUCAAACAGGAGAUACUUACAGAAAUGAGAAAAGAAAUCAGUAAAAUGAAACAAGAAAUUUUAGAAGCUAUACGAGACUCGGCCAGAUAGGAAAGCAACAUACAACGGUGAGAUGACCAUGAUAACUUACAGUACUGGAAGUUCUUACUGGUCAGAUGGGAGUGUUAGGUCACGUCCACUUCCUGAGAACUGUGAAACAAAUGUCUUCCAGAUGUGCUUGGAAACUGAACAAAGUUUGAAUUGAUUGCCAAAGGGCUUAUCAGCCUUCUUAUUUCAUUUGUGAAUAGACUCUUUUUGCUAAUCAGCCAUUUUUUACAUAUGCAAAUUAGCCCUUUUGGCACCAAUAGGGCCUUUUGGUACCAAUAGGCACUUUGGGCAGCAAUAGGUUCUUUUGGCACCAAUUGGCUCUUUUGUCACCAGUUGGCACUAUUAGUGGCAAUAGACUCUUUUGAUAGCAAUAGGUCUUCUUGGUACCAAUGAGCUCUUUUGGCGGCAAUAGGCCCUUUUGGCACCUAUAGGCACUAUUAGCAACAAAAGGCUCUUUUGGCACUCAUAGGCCCUUGUUGGCACUUAUAGGCCCUUUUGGCAACCAUUAAAUGUAAAGUAUCAAUAUAUUCUGCGAAUCUUUCAGAGAAUAACCUGUUCCCUACAGAAUUAUCAUAUCAAAUCUACUGAUAUUUUAAAGGUGCAUGUUCUUUUGCAAUUAUAAUGUUGAAAAACUUGUGUACAUUUAUUGGCUCUGUAUUAAAAUGGUUACGAUUAGCAGUUAUAAUGCUAUUUAUGUACAUGUAUACAACUCGUUCCUAAUAAAUUAAAUAUGAAUUUAUUUUAUGUAAUCCAAAAAUAAAUAUGCAUAAUUUUGUGAAAUAUAUAUUUGUUUAUACUGCAUUACAUAUAACUAAACUUUAGCCAGUAUCGGAUCUUUAGUGACAUUGCUCAUUUUGUCUAAACCAUGAGAAAGACUUUGUUAAUAUCUUAUAUUUCAUUUACGCCUCACGGCUCUAACUUGUUAGAUAUUUUGUUUUUCAUCCUUGUGUUUUUGUUACUGUUUUUAGAUGAAUGUCCUUCAUUCCCUCAUCGACAAAUUAUUCAUCUACGAGAAGUUUCAGUGAUUUCAUCUUUUUAUUAUAUCUUUUUGCAAUUUCUUUUUGAAAUGUCUGAGGCAAGAAUUUGUAGAUUUUAUUAUGUUUAAGUGCUUAUUCUUUUUGUGCAAUUCAGUGUGAAGUAUGUUUUUGAGACUUUUGUUCAAAAUAGUAGAUUGGCCAAUUAUAAGGUACUGUCCAACCCUGUUGGCUAGAACUCCCAUGGACAGACGAAAAUACCUCGAGCCUCGAGAAAUUUGACCAAAGGGGAAAUGCUUACCUUCAGUAGAAAGAAAUCAGUCCUUUACAUCCAGUUCGAGCAAACGAGGAAAUCAAGCCAAGAGAGUUCGAGAUAACAGGGUUCGACUGUAUGUCACUACAUUCUUAGUGGCAUUGUAAGUGAAUGGCGAUGAUGCAUGUAUGAUCAAACACAUUGCGCCGAUUGCUCACAACUUUGUUGGAACUGACAACGUGAUUAAUGACACCGUUGUUUAAUUUUACACGUGAAUGAUUCGAUAAUGUGCUCACAUAUUUGAAUGUAAACAAGUACAGCUGAAACAGUUGUCUCAAAUCUUGUUAGAAAUACAGCAUAUCACGAGUGUAUCAAUGCAACUUUCAGAGCAGUUACGAUUUGUAAGUUAAACAAAGAUGACGGUAACAACUUUGUGAACUUCAGCAAUGUUUUGAAAAAUUUGCUCAUUUUUAGCUUGUCUGUUCUUUUGAAGGAAAAACUUGUAGUAUUGUCAUAGCUUGAGUGUCAUUGGCACUGUUAUUGAAAACCCCCCAGAAAGAUUGGCCAUUUCUCUAUUUCACUUCAUUAUGUUCACAUGAAGCUUGGUAGCCAUCUAUAACCAGUGCCAAUAUGUAUGUUUGUAGCAAGGCCCAUGACUUAGGCUUGAAAAGUGUUUAUUAAACAAGGGAAAUCGCAGGGUCGAGUCCAGUAGCCUAUUUUUUUUUUUUUAAUAUGUGUUGGACAAGGCCAACACCAAAUUAAUGAGGGUACAAGACAACAAACAAUAAACAAAUGUAAAAAUAUAGUUAGGCCAAAAAAUGAUUUAAGUUACCAGUCACUUACAUCUCAAACUGACCUAAAUCAGCAUAUGUCACUAUUGUAGGAAAUUUUAAAAAUAAAAUAGUCAAAUUUUAUCAUGUCCAGUCAACUAAAAUGCCCACUUUUAAGGAAAUUACAAAAAAAGAUCCCCAUAACAGCAAAAUAAUGAAGGGUUGGAGGAAAAGAAUAGAGUGGGUCGAGUUCGUGGAAGCAAAAUAUUAUUUUCUAAGCCGUAUAGGUAUAUGUUUUAGUAUACUCCUUCAUGCAUCGAGAAAUACAGAUGAGCAUUGGCAACCACUUGCAGUGCUCUUGUCUUUCCUCUCUGAUGUAAUGUCAUGUUAAAUCAAAGGGCAUUGUACCUUUCAGCUGGUCUGACUGAAAUUGGUUGUGCAUGCUGUUUAUACAAAUAAGUAUCGUUUCCGAGUUCAGUUGAUGUUGUUGUAAAGAUGAUGGAAUAAUAAUCAAUAAACAAAUAUGAACAUAAUACAUCAACAAGCGUAUGACCAAAUAACAUCAGGAAAAAACAAUUUAAGUUUUUGAUUGCUUAAGAUCACUUAUUGAAUUAGAAGUGUUAUUCGCCCAUUUGACUAGCUUUGUCUUAUGUAACCAAUAAAACAAGUUGUUUCGAAAUUAAUAAUAUACUGCUUGGCAGAUUAGGGGUGUUUGCAAAGGUGAUCAUACAAAGCAAUUACUGGUAAGAGAGUCCCUACAAUUAUACCUGCUUAUACGCUAAGAACAGGUACUUUCAAGGUUACCACUUUUACAGGAGAAAUACAUGUAGAAAACAGCAUUAUUUUAUGCUUGAGUCUUAACCUAUGUUGGCUGUAUUGACUAUGGUAAGGUACAUAUAUACGAUUCCCCUUCCCCCACUCGCUCACACCAAUAUACCAUUUCUGAUCCAAAUGGCCACCUACUGUCUUAACAUUAUUUGGUAUAUGAGUGACAGCAUAAAAGAUUGAUAGAACUAAUGUCAAUACGUACUUUCUAAUAACUAUACAAUGUUUAAUGAAUUCAUGUUUGUUUUCGAUCAAAUCACCUUCAUGCCUUCACAUGUUAUGUAAUGUGCUCACAAAACAGUAGUUAACUAUAAACAUAUUUUAUUAGAUUUUUCUAGCACUUUCUCUUGAUUUGCCUUUGCAAAAGGUAACCUUUUGUAGUUUUACUAGCAAAGGUCAUUAUCUCACCCCUUAACCGAGAUAUAUUCAUGGCUGUAUCAUAUUGAUAUUGAGCCGAAUUCAGUUACAUACUUUUUGCAGGUUGAUGUUUGGUCAGCCCUUGAUAUAAAAUGCAUUUUAUUGUAGAUGAUGUCACUUCUGCAGUUAAAAAUGUUAUAAUGUUAUGCACAGUAUUAUUGUAGAAAAAAAUAUCUUAAAUAGUUUACAAAAAGAGAUGGUUGAAAAUUUCAGUCACCAGCACCUGCACAUGUACAUUUACAUUUGUUUAAAACAAAUGUACUGGUACUAAGGGAAUCUCAUAGCAUACUUUUGAAUAUUUUUUCUCUGUUUUAUAUUAACAAUUUUGAUUCUUUUCCCACAUCUGAUUUUAUUAGAAGAGCCAAUCAUUACACAAACAUGCAUGCAUUUUUUCUUUCUCUUUCUUAAGUGUUCAACAAACAUGCAUCAUUUAAAGGUGUACAUAAUUGUUAAACUUUUCCCACUUAACUUAUGCUGAAUGUUUAGAUUAUACUUCUACGUUGAAUGGGUACUUUAAAAAUAAUAAUAAUACAUGUUUUUCAUUCAUAAUUGAGGAGCAGAGCCAUUUUUUUUCAGUUUUGAAAAUCAUCAGUCCUCUUCUUAAAUGUAAUCGAUCAUGUACAAUCAGUUGGAAAGUAUAUCUCCUGCGUAAUGUCGGAAAAAAAUGUCUUGUUUAAUAUAUCAAACUUGGCUACAGAAAAUAAGAUCAAAUAAAUAAUACAUCUGCAGCCAUUCUGCAGCCAUUUGUAUAAAAAUUUAUAAGUUGUCCACUGAUGAUCAUUAGGCUAAUUGACUCAUUAAAAUUAUUUGAUUGUUAGUAGUUAUGAUUGGAUAACUAUUGACCAAUCAAUGAACACCUUGGAAAGCUUUAAGCUAGCCUAAAACUAGAUGCCAAUUUUAUAAAACUGGUUGAGUUUUUAUUGAAAUGUACUGAAUUUUUCAUUCAAAUAUAGUGAAUUUUUCUUUCAAGUGUACUGAAUUUUUCAUUGAAAUGUUCUGAAAUUUUCAUUCUUCUGAGUUUUUUCAUUGAAAUUUUCUGGGGUUUUCAUUGAAGUAUACUGAUUUUUUCCAUUUAAAUGAUUGUACAUGAAUAUGUUUUUCUUUUACAAUUAUCGUGCAUUUAAUGUAGACACCUUUUAUGUUUUCUCUUCCUGUAUUGUACAUAGAUGGAUAAAUGUAUAUUAUGAUUUAUAAAGCUUGGCCAUUAUAAUUAUUAUCAUCUCUAUUAAUGUACAAUAAACUUACAAUUUUGUA